AUGAACAAUGAACUGGACAAUCCAGAGAUUCUAGAAACGGAGCAAGACGAAGAUAACACCAAUAAUACUAUCACGAAUACUUCUGAACACGACGACGGCGCCGCCGAUGACUUGGAUGUUUCUUACGUUCCUGAGGAAAACGAUUCUGGUAGUAGUAACUCUGCCAAUGAAGAUAAUUCUAAUUACAACGAAGAAAGAAACAAUCCCGAUACCAGCCUACCUACUACAAGAACUCGAAGGAAGAAAAAAUUGUCUGAAUCAUGGAACUACAAUAUCAAUAAAUAUAAACGUUUAAGAGGUCAGCCUUACCAAGGUAAAAAAGAAAUUACCGGUACAUGGAAUUACAACAUUAACAAACCAGGGAAGUUCUUGGAAAAUCCGCGCAACUGUUCUCUUAGUAGAAAAAAACUGCAAUUCAGUGUCAAAAAAUGACGGAAGAAAACCGUUUAAAAUUUUCCAAAAGUCCGAAUACAAUGACUCGAGAUGAAAGAAAAUUGCAGGUACAGGCCCUACUGCAUUGCGACAAUGUUAAAAGAAGGAGAGGAGAACUUGAAGUGUCUAAAAGAAAGUAUUCUAUGAAAUAUUUUUUAUAAGUGGAUUUGGAAAGAAUUAGAGUGUGUAAGCGGAUGUUUGGUAGUACACUAGGUUUAAAAGAAACACUGAUAUUGUCUUGGAUUUAAUAACGAGCCUGGUGACCACCAGGGAAGCAGAAAAAGUGAAACAAGAAGGGCGAAAUUUGCGGAAAAAAAUACGGCUGUGUAUCAGUUUUUACAAUCCUUACCAAACAUGGAAAGCCAUUAUUCUAGAUCUUACUCGAAAAAAUUAUUUCUUGAGGUACUUUGGCGUUCAAAUGUAGCACUCUAUAAUUUUUUCAAAGCAGAAUAUUGCGGCGAACGUAAUCUAGAGCCUCCAUCCAUAGCAACGUUCAUGAAGAUAUUUGAAGAGCUGAACUUGUCACUCUACAUACCCAAAAAAGAUCUGUGCGACGUGUGCGAGGCAUACAAAACGAAGAACUUAUCUGAAGGUAAGUAUAACCUACACCAAACUUUAAAGCUAGAGGCACGUCAAGAAAAGGAAAAAGACAAAUCUACCAGCGAUGUUACAGUAAACGUGUAUGCAAUGGAUUUACAAAGCGUGUUGUUAGCUCCCAAAUCGACAGUCGCUGUAAUGUAGUACAAAACCAAACUGGUAGUACACAACUUCACUAUUUAUAACCUGAAAUCCAAAGAUGGAUUUUGUUUCCUGUGGAAUGAAAGCGAAGGGGCCUGGACUGCAGACGAAUUUUCCAGCAUAAUUUCUGUUUUUGUUGAACAAGAGAUAAUUUGUAAAGUCAGCUGCACAGCAUAAAAUCGUGUUGACUCAAAAGUAUUUGUUCAAAGGUCAUACUCAGAUGGAGGUGGACUCGAUGCAUGCAACCAUUGAAAGAAUAGCAUAAUA